AUGGUUAAUUCUGCCUCGACUGAGGGAAUAUCAUGGCACUUCAAUCCACCUUCCGCUCCUCAUUUUGGAGGGCUGUGGGAGGCGAGGGUAAAAUCUGUUAAAAUCCAUUUAUAUCACGUGAUUGGUAAUCAGUGUUUAACUUAUGAAGAAUUGAACACAGUUUUAAUUCAAAUUGAAGCCUUUUUAAAUUCACGUCCUCUUACACCCUUUAGUAACGAUCCAAACGACCUGACCGCCUUGACACCCGGAUCGCUGGCAGAUGCUCCAAAAAUGCAUCAAGAUUUCUGGCGCCGUUGGUCUAGUGAAUAUUUGCACACGCUACAUCAAUGUGCCAAAUGGCAUAAGCCUAUUGUUAACCUCUCUCCUGGAACUCUAGUGCUAAUUCGCAGUGACUUCGCACCGCCCCUGCAGUGGCAUAUGGGUCGAGUUAAGGAGGUACAUCCGGGUUCGGAUGGAGUAGUCAGAGUCGCUACUGUUCAAACCAGUAAUGGCACCUUAAAGCGACCUGUAGUCAAGCUAUGUCCUUUGCCGCUUUCAAGCCACUGA